AACAGCCCUUGGACGCCCCCGCAGAUGAAUGGGGCUGGGGAUGACUGAGAACUACAGCUCCUGGGCUGGCCGCGUAGGUUGCAGCUGCGGAGGAAGAGUGGACCAAGAGGGUUUCUCGGGGAGGGAACAACGGGCGGUGGUGAUGUUCAGUGCGGGUUUUCUAGGAUAGCGGUCUGGAAGGGCGCCUCUUCUGCGAGCUGGCUCCCCGUGCCCCACACCGGCCAUGCGCCCGGCCUUCGCGGUGGGCCUGGUGUUCGCAGGCUGUUGUAGUAAUGUGAUCUUCCUAGAGCUGCUGGCCCGGCAACAUCCAGGAUGCGGGAACAUCGUGACGUUUGCACAGUUCUUAUUUAUUGCUGUGGAAGGCUUCCUUUUUGAAGCUGACUUGGGAAGGAAGCCACCAGCUAUCCCAAUUAGGCACUACGCCAUCAUGGUGACCAUGUUCUUCACUGUGAGCGUGGUAAACAACUACGCCCUGAACCUGAACAUCGCCAUGCCCCUGCACAUGAUAUUCAGAUCCGGCUCUCUGAUUGCCAACAUGAUUCUAGGAAUUAUCAUUUUGAAGAAAAGAUACAGCAUGUUCAAGUAUGCCUCCAUUGCCCUGGUGUCUGCAGGAAUAUUUAUUUGCACUUUCAUGUCAGCAAAGCAGGUGACUUUCCAGUCUGGCUUGAGUGAGAAGGAUGGAUUCCAGGCAUUUGCAUGGUGGUUACUAGGUAUUGGGGCACUGACCUUUGCCCUGCUGAUGUCGGCAAGGAUGGGCAUAUUCCAAGAGACUCUAUACAAACAGUUUGGGAAACACUCCAAGGAGGCACUAUUUUAUAAUCAUGCCCUUCCCCUUCCUGGCUUCAUCUUCUUGGCCUCGGAUAUUUAUGACCAUGUCGUUCUGUUCAAUAAGUCUGAACUCUAUCAAGUUCCAGUCAUUGGUGUGGCCGUGCCCAUCAUGUGGCUCUACCUCCUCAUGAGUGUUGUGACUCAAUACGUGUGCAUCCGGGGUGUGUUCAUCCUGACGACAGAGUGCACGUCCCUCACGGUCACCCUGGUUGUGACUCUGCGCAAGUUUGUGAGCCUCAUCUUCUCCAUAUUGUACUUCCAGAACCAGUUCACGCUGUGGCACUGGCUGGGCACCUCGCUGGUCUUCAUUGGGACCUUACUGUACACAGAGGUGUGGAAAACCCUGGGGACCACGAAAAGUCAGCUGCCCAAGGACCACAAGAAAGACUGAGGUCUGCCGGGACAGACAGACAGACAGACCAGGGUUCUGUGAGAGAGGCCUCUGCUGCAGGUCUGGCAGUCAUUUCACUUUGCCUGAGGCCAAAUUACCACAGUAUUGAACCAGACAGGUUCCAGAGCGCCCUCUGGAGGACAGGACGCAUCUACUUUCAUGACUACCAAGACAGCGUUUGUAGAUUCCUUGUAGGCAUCCCUGAGCUAGAAUAAACAAAACAGCAAGUCUACCAGGAAGUCUAUCAGAUAACCUCUGCAUUGCUUUUUGUUUGUUUGCCAGCACAUCAGAACCACACUUGUUGAAUUCCAAGUCCUCAGAGCUACUAGUUUUCUACCUGUGGUGUUAGGCAAGACCAUGCCCUU